UGCAAUUAAAAUAAUCCUUAGAAUGCUUAAUAAGCCCAGAGAAAAAUGCAAUAUACAGACGAAGGUUUCGACAAGCUGGUGCACUUCCCUCUGAACUUUCGUAAUAGCAUUUCAUUAGUUUGAUUCAAAUUUGAUUGAUUCUAGUUUUUAAAAAUUUAGCAUUUAGAUAUUGUGUGGAGGCUUCCCUCGUGAUCUUAAGGGUGAUUUUUGGCGCAGCUGCAAAUUAGGAGCCCAGUGUGCAGUGGAUGAUCGUAUCACCUCGAUAAUAGUGCAACUCACAAGAUGACACAAGUUUUUGGUUUUUUAUUAUUCUCAAUUUUGUCAUUGGGAUCUACGGAAGGAGUUCCAGCUUUAACCCAGAAUUUGACCCAGCUCGAUUGGUGGGAAUCAACACUUCUUUAUCAAUUGUAUCCUCGAUCUUUCAAAGACUCAGAUGGAGACGGCAUGGGUGACCUGAACGGGAUCACCGAGAAACUAGAUUACAUAAAAGACUUGGGUGUGGAUACGAUUUGGAUCCAGCCAUUUUACAAGUCACCGAUGUUUGACAUGGGCUACGAUGUUUCGGAUUACAAAGCUGUUGAUCCGGUCUUUGGAACGCUGGAUGAUUUCAAAAAGAUGCAAAAAGCAAUCAAAGACAAAGGAAUGAAGUUGCUUUUGGACUACGUGCCCAAUCAUACCAGCGACCAAUGCGAGUGGUUCAAACUCUCCGAGCAACGUGUUGAUCCCUACACGGAUUAUUACAUCUGGAGGGACGCAAAACGUAUCAAUGAUACCCAUACCACAGUUCCUAACAAUUGGAUAAAUAUAUUUGGCGGCACUGCUUGGAGAUGGAGUGAAAAGAGAAAACAGUAUUUCCUACAUCAGUUCGCUCCACAGCAACCGGACUUGAAUUUUCGGAAUCCUAAAGUUAAAAAGGAAAUGGAGGAUGUGUUACUGUUCUGGCUUGAUUUGGGGAUAGAUGGAUUCCGGGUAGACGCAGUACCAUGGUUAUAUGAGGCGGAACAUUUUAUGGAUGAACCACCCGGUAAAGGCUGGCAUAAUCGAAUCUACACGAUCGAACAGCCAGAAAACGUAGAGCUGGUGAGAGAAUGGAGAGCUGUGCUGGAUGAGUAUUCUAGAAAGGAUGGACAUAAAAGAUUGCUGGCUAUUGAGGAUUACAGCCCUCCACCUAAACUCGUGGAGUACAUUGGGAACGAGACACACCCGGGCUCUCAAAUUGCGUUUUUUUUCUAUUUGACGUUCGUCCGAAACGAAUGGAACGCGACCAUUGUAGACCGUGUCGUUCGAUGGGCAGCCAAGUCAUUUCCGAGAAGAGCCUAUAAUUGGGUGCUGGACAAUCACGAUAACUCGAGGACCAGAACACGGUUGUCCGACGAGAGUGUGGAUGUGUGGAAUAUGUUCAUGCUCCUUCUGCCGGGACUCACGAGUGUGUAUUGCGGGACUGAGCUGGGUCUGGAGGACCUGAAUCUGCGCAAGGAUCAGCAGAAGGAUCCUCUCAACGGGGGCAACGGGCGAACAGAUCGUCGAGACAGCUACAGAGGGCCAAUGAUCUGGGACGACACCGAAAAUGCCGGUUUUACGACAUCGAAGUAUCCUUGGUUGCCUGUGCAGCCGAGUUAUUGGCGAUGGAAUGUCAAGGCUCAGCAACAAGACCCAAAUAGUCAUUUAAACACUUUCAAAAGGCUGGCAGCCUUAAAAAAGUCACCUAUUAUUACUCAUGGUGACUUUGAAACGCACGUGAUCAGUACAUGGGUCUACAUGUACACGAGGUCAUUGGAAGAUGACACCAUUGCAGUGCUGAUUAACAUUGGCUCAGAGACAGAGGAAAUUUGUGUCAAAAAUGUGGGAUGUGCACUGCCUAUUCCUAUGUUUGUGCACAUUCGCAGCGCCAAUUCCAUAGUCAAUAUCGGGGAUACUGUAUUUUCCCACGAGAAGAGCAAGAGGUGUAUUCAUAUGAGACCACACUCAGGAGUAGUUUUGAGCACUAGCAAAGGAGUUUCUGUAACCUAUUCAAUGUUCAUUAUACUUCUAGCAGUCCUCUCAAAAUUGAUCUUGUAAUAAUUUUUACGAUGAAAAUAAAAUUGAUAAACCCGAAAUCAUUGUGCACACAAUGUCACGGAAUUUCAAA